UCAACUCGUGAGCUUCUCAGAGGAUCCAGACCUGCAACCCAUCCUCUUUGGACUAUUCCUGUUCAUGUACUUGGUCACAGUGUUUGGGAACCUGCUCAUCAUCCUGGCUGUCAGCUCUGACUCCCACCUCCACACCCCCAUGUACUUCUUCCUCUCCAACCUGUCCUUCACUGACAUCUGCUUCACUUCCACCACAGUCCCAAAGAUGAUUGCAGACAUCCAAACACACAGCAGAGUUAUCUCCUACGAGGGCUGCCUGACACAGAUGUCUCUAUUCAGCAAUUUUGGAUGUAUGGAUUACAUGCUUCUGACUGUGAUGGCCUAUGACCGGUAUGUGGCCAUCUGUCAUCCCUUGCAAUAUGCAGUCAUCAUGAAUCCUCGUCUCUGUGGCUUCUUAGUUCUUAUUUCUUUUUUGGUUAGCCUUUUUGACUCCCAACUGCACAAUUUGAUUGUCUUACAAUUGACUAACUUCAAAGAUGUAGAUAUUUCUAAAUUUUUCUGUGACCCUUCUCAACUCCUUAACCUUGCCUGUCCUGAUACCUUCUCUAAUAACAUUCUCAAGUAUUUUCUUGGUGCUGUAUAUGACCUUUUUCCCAUCUCAGGAAUCCUUUUCUCCUACUAUAAAAUCAUUUGGUCCAUUCUACGAAUCCCAUCCUCAGGUGGGAAGUACAAAGCCUUCUCCACCUGUGGGUCUCACCUCUCGGUUGUUUGUUUAUUUUAUGCAACAGCCUUUGGAGUGUACCUUGGAUCAGCUGUUUCACAUUCUCCCAGAAAAGUUGUGUUGGCUUCAGUGAAGUACACUGUGGUCACUCCCAUUUUGAAUCCCUUCAUCUACAACCUGAGGAACAAGGACAUUAAAGGUGCCCUGAGGAGGCUUCAGAGCAGAACUGUCUAAUCUUAGGAUCUUUGCUGUCCAGCAGUCAUGUGUUUUGGAAAAUGUAGUAAAGUUUAAAGUCUAGUCCUUUCAAUCUUGUUUUCUUGAUAACAUCAAUCACUUUAAUUUCUCAUCAUGUCUCACAUUACAAUGGUUGUAACCAGUAUUGAUAAAGGAAGUCUGGGGAGUUUUCAAAAUGGGAACAAAAUUUCACUUUGAGAUG